ACCACAGGAAAGAGAAGAGAAGGGUCGGUGAUAGACUCAAUUCCAAUAGUGAAUGAAUAUGAACACAAAUGUUGGGCGAGAGGUUGAAUGUUGAACAAAUUUCACCUCUAAUUCAACAUGCGGUUUUCCUUUUUUUUCUUUAAAUUUCCAAUACUAUAUUCUUCUUAUGAUUCAUUCCAUUUAUAAUAAAAAGGUGGAACAAAUAAUUGAUAAAGAUACCUUUUUUUUCGUUUCUUUUCUAGAACCAUAAAGCAUAUUCUUUCCUUUAAGGGGAUAAUUAACAAACUCAUUCAUAAACCCUAACGUACUAUUAAUCUCAAUCCAAGAAUCUUUUUUUUUCUUGAUCCACUCACAUUUUCAGGUGAUUUCUGCCCAAUCGGUAGUGAUAGGGGAGCUAUAAGGCCCUUGUAGGAACUGAUAACUAAAAAUGCGGAACAAUUUCAUGGAUGGUGAUUGGGGUUCAUCAGAAAUGUUCCCAAUUGAUCCUCUUAUGCCGUAUGGAUUUGGAGCCAAUUUCCUCUCUCAUUUAUCAUUGAUUGUUGAUGGUUCUAGAAAUUUAUAUGUGCCUGGAAGUCAGGCACUUCAAGAAGCAUUUAAGUGCUUUUCAAAAUAUGCUGGGGCACUGCUAGUUUGGUUUGCCACCGGAACGAACUCCAGAGGUAAUAACCAAAUAUCAGGCGGUUAUCGAAGUUCAAGAAAUACAAGGUCUGGAAUGUCAAUUCAAACACAAGAAACAACUUCAAGUAGACAUUAUUUUAUGGAACUCUUCUGGCAAUCAAGAUGCAAAGGGAAAAUUACCAUCCCUGUGAUAUUUAGGAAGAUUUCAAAGUUCACUGUGAAUCAAAUGUACAAAGAAGCAAAACAUCUUCAAUCAAUUCCUGUUCUCUCACUAGCUGCUGCUUUAGUACCUCCAUUUGAAAAUUUCUCUGGUGAUGUUCUAUCUGUUCAACUGGAUAGUAGUGCUAUGGAAUCACACAGUGGUGAGGAUCACCGGCCCUGUGAGGUAGAUCACCGGGGAUGUGAUAAUUCAUUUUUCCAGAAUUUAAAUUGGUCUAGACAUGCAGUUGAGCCCAGAACGGGUAUUGAGUUUCCUACUAUCUUGGACAACCUAAUAGCUGGGGAGCGAAAUUCCAGUUUCACAUCAGAGGUCCUUGUUGGGACUGGAUCCAGAAUAAUGAAAAUUAUCAGAAUCAAAUCUCUAAAGGUUUAUGCAUUUGGUUUCUAUGUGCAUCCUUUUGAUGUCUGCCAGAAGUUGGGUUGGAAAUAUGCCUCAGUUCCUUUUUGUGAACUGAACAAACAACAAGAUUUUUAUCAGGAUCUUCUCAGGGAAGACAUAAGCAUGACUGUAAGGCUUGUUGUUAGCUGCAAUGGAAUCAAAAUCAACACAGUUCGAGAUGUCUUUGAGAAAUCUCUUCGAGCUCGGUUGUUCAAGGCAAAUCCUGACACCGAUUAUCACUGUCUAGAAACAUUUGGUUCUAUGUUCUCUCAGGAUAUUCCUAUACAUGCAGGUACAACAAUCAAUUUUCGACGAACAACUGAUGGACAUUUAAUUACUGAGAUCGGAGGCAACCAUAUUGGAGCAGUUCAGAGUAGAGAAUUGUGUAGGGCAAUUUUUGAUAUGUACAUUGGUGAUGUUCCUAUAUGUGAGGAAACAAAAGAAGAGAUCGGGAAAAAUGUUGCAAGUAUAAUUAGGGGGUGUUAAAAAGAUGGGGUGCUUCUACAAGAGCUUAUUUGCUUGUAAUAGUUCAGGUUCUUGUGAACUGGACUUUUUCAUAGUGCAGUUCAUAGCGUCUCGAGUACUAGACAUAAAUCUCAAAAUGAACAUAGGUUUCAUGAGGAUAAAUGAUUGUUAGUCUUAUAUAUGUAGAAUUAUUUAUUUUAGGCAGGGUUCUUAUAUUCAAAAUUGAUUAGAAUACAAGAUUUCUUGUAACCUUGUUGGCGAGCCACCAUUACAGAGCUGUCCCUCGGCCAACUGUUGUAAAUGAAAAUAGAGCUUGUUCUGCAUUUUUUGGGCUUAAGCUUCUCUCAUAUUCUGUAUAA